AUACCAAUUCACUUUUUAGGACUAUGUCUGGACCCGUUCAAGAUGUAAUUGAAGAAGACGCUGCUGAUUUACAAUUUCCUAAAGAAUUUGAAAAUGCGGAAACGCUAUUAAUAUCUGAAGUUGACAUGUUACUGGAACAUAGAAAAGCUCAAAAUGAAUCAGCAGAAGAGGAACAAGAGUUUUCUGAAGUGUUUAUGAAGACACUUACAUACACCAAUAUGUUUAAGAAAUUUAAGAACAAAGAAACCAUAACUGCUGUCAGGAAUCUACUCCAGUCUAAGAAGUUACAUAAGUUUGAAGUUGCAAGUUUGGCAAAUUUAUGUCCAGAAACACCAGAAGAAGCAAAAGCAUUGAUUCCAUCUUUAGAAGGGAGAUUUGAAGAUGAAGAACUCAGAAUAUUAUUAGAUGACAUACAAACAAAACGUAGUAUACAGUACUAAUAAAUUUAACUAGUUUUUUA